AACGCGGAUUCCAUGAAAACAAAAAUCGGCAAUUCUGUCAAAUAUCAAACAUGGAAGUGCAAUAUGUGUACCAAAAAAAACGUACAGAGUUUGGUCGGCAGUGUGUAUUCAGCGACAAAGGUCCUGACUUGAUAGACAAUUAUCCCUCCAACUGGGUCCUGCUUGAAAACUACAUUCUCAAAGAUCCAUUCUCGCAAGGAACCCAAUGCAAUUCCAUCCUAGCGGAGCACGACGCGAACACAACGCGGGCCACUUUCGUUCACUCCGGCAUGAAUCACACCGAGGGCGGAUGGCCUAAGGACAUAAACAAGGAAGACGAGGAGCAGACCAAACGAUACCGUCGAAAAAUUGAGAAGGAAGACUCGUAUAAUCCGAUUCUUAUGCAUCUGUGCAAAAACAUGGAGGACUCAGUAUUACAGAAUAAUUCCAUCAAUAUCUACCAGCAGUACUUUUCCGAUGUUGAACCAACUCCGCUCGUGGAGAAAAGUUCGGCGCGUAUCGUCAACGUGUACCAAGAUCAGUGCCCUACGAAACGAGUGGUUAAUCGUAUCUCUUGGUCGCCUGAUGGCGGUACCAAGUUGGCGGUGACUCAUUGCGAUCUUAAAUUCCAGCAACCAUUUGAUAUUCCUACGUCCCAUUCGUACAUUUGGGAUAUCGAAAAUCCCAAUCGCCCACUCCUGAUCUUCCAGCCGAAAUUUACCCCGAUGGUUUGCUUGGAGUAUCACACGAAAGAUGUUAACACGCUCGUGAGCGGGCAGUUGAGUGGAAGGCUGGCCGUGUGGGAUUCGCGCAAGGGUUGCGGGCCGGUCAAUAGAAGUCUGACGGAAGUAAGUCAUCGCGAACCCGUGAUGUCAGUGUUGUGGAUCAAUUCCAAAUCUGGUUUGGAGUUUUUCAGUACUUCAACCGAUGGACAAGUUAAAUGGUGGGAUGCACGGAAACUGACGGAACCCUUGGAAACGCUGAUACUAAGCUCUCCGGGACAGAUUAUACAAAAAGCAAUGAGCGCCUCGUGCUUGGAGUAUGAAACAACUAUUCCCACCAGGUUCAUGGUGGGCACGGAGAAAGGUGUCAUAAUCUCGUGCAAUCGCAAAGGAAAGUCACCUAGUGAAAAAAUGGCCCUCCGAUUCUCGGCGCAUUUAGGCCCGGUCUUGGCUAUACAACGUAACGCAGCGUAUGUAAAGAAUUUCCUCAGCGUCGGUGAUUGGACCGUUCGAAUAUGGUCCGAGGAUUGUAAGGAAAGUUCGAUUAUGUGGACCUGCUACCAUAGGGAUCGGUUGACUGACGGCGCCUGGAGCCCCACUAGAGUGUCUGUAUUUUUUACGACACGGAGCGACGGUUCGUUGGAUGUAUGGGAUAUACUGCAGCAACAGGAGCGGGCUUGUAUUAGCAUGAAGGUCAGCGACGAACCCCUCAGUUGCCUACGUGUUCACGAACAGGGUCGUUUGGUUGCCGUUGGUAACGUGAGGGGCACCACGAACUUGGUGCAAUUGAGCGAGAACUUGUCCUACAGUACUAAACUAGACAGAACGUUACUAACUGCGAUGUUUGAACGCGAAAGCAGGCGAGAAAGAAUCUUAGAAGCUCGCAAUAGAGAAAUAAAGCUAAAAUUGAAAACAAAAAGCGGCCUUGCUGUUGGAGCGGACAGUGUUGCUGUUAUGGAAGUUACGGAAACGGUGGAGAAAACUGUAGCAAGCGAUCCCGAAGUAUAUGCCAGCGAAGAGGAGUUCUUCAGCAUUAUCAGUGCUGCAGAAGCGAAAGAUACACUUAAAUAGGAGAGACUCUUUCGGC